CGCCCAAGAUGUGCUGAAACCACCGCUAAUGUGACAUGUGACAUGCUAAUGUCACACAGCAUUAGCUUUCUCCUUCCCUGCCUCAAAUUAACAGAACUUCUUCCUACCAGGUCUCCCCCUGCUUACAUUCUGCCCAGAUGUCAAGAGAAACGGGACAAGUCCCAGCUGCAGUUUGGACUAGGCGCCUCCAAUGCUCCCAUGAACUGCCUGAGUUUCUGCAGUGGAGGCCGCCCUCCAGUGUGUCAUCCAGCGGGGAGCUGCAGGCAGCCGAGGUCCCGGUGGACCUGCAGAGCAGGCUGCAUGAACAGUAAGCCACUGUCAGAUCCCGGUGGACAAGGGCUGCUUGGUUCAAGGCUACAUCCCCAGCGCCGGCACUCAGUAGAUGCAAGGUCAUUAACUGCCCAGCGAACAAUGGUCUCUGAGUGAACGAACCGACACUGCGUGGAGAAGUGCAACGGCCGAACGUGGGCGCCGGGCAGCCUGCGGCGGGCGGACUGGGACCAGACCCCUCGGGGGGCGGGACCGAGCACUGCGGCCGGAUGGAGGACGAGGAGGAGGAGAUCACCGCCGCCACGCUGCGGGGCAAGCCCCGGCCGCCGCCCAUCUCCGCGCAGUCCGCCUUCAGCUACGUCCCGCCGCGGCGCCAGGACCCCAAGGAGUACAGCUACUACUACCGCCAGGGCAGGACCGGAAUCAUUUCCCUCUAUGACUGUGUUUUUAAGAGGAACCCAGGUUAUAAUCAGAAAUUGCACCGAGACGACAGAGAACAUGCAAAAAGCCUGGGACUCCAUGUUAACGAGGAGGAGCGCGAGAGGCCAGUGUGUGUGCUGACGUCUUCUGUCUAUGGGCGGCGCAUCCACCAGCCUGUGGAGCCCCCGAACCGGGAUCACUGCCGCGCCGGCCACGUGAAGGCCGACUUCUACCGGAAGAACGACAUCCCCAGCAUCAAGGCUCCCGGCUUCGGUCACAUUUCUCCGGCCUGA